AUGGAUACGAAUACCGCUACUAUCUCCAAUGUACCCCACAAACGUUGUCGUAGCUCUGAAGCUCGGAAUGUAAAGGCGCCGAAGACAGAGGACGCAGAGGACGUUUCGUGUGCACGCAAUGCGGCAACUGGCGGGUCGCACGGUUUGCUCAGUGAUGAAGACGAUCUCACCCCCUCCGGUGGUGCCGCCUCAAUAACCACCCCGCGCUCGACCAGAGGCGAUGUGCAUGCGAUCGCCGCCAAUCAGUCCUUAGCCGCCCCCACACCUUCCUCCACUGAUCAUCGAUCGUCCCCUCCCGCGUCUCCCGCCCAUCAAGUUCACUGCGUGCUUGCGCCUCCUCUGAUACCCCGAAAUCUGGCCCUGGCACCAUUAAGAAGUGGUCUGCUGCCUACCUUCACCGCCACUGUCAAAGUCGAUGGGCUGGACGAUCCGUCGUUGUCCGAUAUUGGGCCAAGUGGUGUAGGAGGAUGUCCUACCUCUCCAGUUCCAUUGCCAUCUCAGUCCUCUCCCCCGUCGCCAUCUUCACCACCACCUUCCUCCAUGCCUCAGGAUCUUCCUCCUCCUGAGGUUCAGGAACAACCAUAUCGGCCCAACUACUUCCGGUCUCCUCCAGUGCCCUGUCAGUGGGGAGGUGUGUGCGGCAUUGGGUUGGAUGAUGUAUCCCCGGGUGGCAUUCUCCGCCAUCUUCGAGAGUACCAUCCAGAAGAGAAGCUGGAUAAGCAGACCCGGGGAAGGUGCUUGUGGAGCACCGGCUACGACGCAUUGUGUGAGCGUCCGAUGAUGCAAAGUAACUACGGGAAGCACAUCGCGGAGAUCCACGUACGGUCCAUGGCCGUAGAAUGCCCGUCUUGCCGGAAGAGCUUUUCACGGCCAGAUGUCUUGGAAAAGCACAGGAAUGGCCGAUGCAAGGGUAGUGCGUGA